AUGCCGCCUCCGCCUCCUCGUUCAAUGCCGUCUCCGUCUCAUACUGUGCCGCCUCCUCCUACGCCAACGGCACCUUCUUCGACUCCCGUUCCUGCAACCGCGGGAUAUUCACACACCAUACCGCUGCUGCCUCCUUCUGGGAUACCACCGGAGCUUUUUGACUACGCAGUUGGCUGCGCUGUCGACUGUGCUGUUCGUCAUGUUGUUAAUGAUGCUGUUGAUCAUGCUGUUAACCGCGCUGUUGACCGCGCUAUUGACGACAUAUACGAUCUACACGUUGGCCGACAAGAUUGGAGCGAGCAUGGAACUGUCCGUCUUACUUCAGUCCAACAUGCAAUGCUUUCCAAAACAUCCCCUUCCCAAUGGAAAGGUUUCGGACCUAUCGAUAUGGAGUUAUUGGAUCUUUCUGGCCGUCUUUGUUUCACACAGCAUUGCGGGGAUAGCCCCGCUUCCAGUUUCGUGGAGAACCUUUUGCGCGUUACUCAAGACAUGGCCGGUAAGACCCAGGAAGGAAGCUCUUUGUACUGGAAUCACAGCGUCGUUUUGUUCCUGAACAAGCGCGUUAAGGUCGAAGUAGAUGGCAAGUCUCAUUCUGGAUUAUUUGUGGGUGCGACCACGCUAGAAACCCCCGGAGGACCUCCAUUGCCGUUUGGUGUUUACAGAAUUCAACUUUCUGGAUCAACGGAGUUGAUUCUCGACUUGCUAAAAUCCGGAAUUGACGGUACUUGGAUUCACGAAUUGAGCGAAACAGCCAAUGAGACGGUGGAUAAUGAGGGAUUUGAAGAGAUGACAGAUUGCUAG